UCUCUCUCUCUCUCUUUCACUUUUUUUUUCCUUUUCCCUCCGACUUGGAAAAUUCCACACUCUUUUGCUUUUCCUUCAAUCCUUCAUAAUUCCAUCUCUCCCCUUCUCCUCCCCCUCCACCUCCACGUUCUCUCUGACAAUCGCAUCUUUCUUGUCGCAUCCAAUGCAUUUGGAUUGGAUUCGAGUUUAAAUCCCCCAAAAAGUAUCGAUCUUUGAUGAGAACGGCGGAGUCGGCGCCGAAUCUGGAUUCGAUCGCUGUGCGAUUCUCGGAAGGAGGUGCGAGAAGAAGCCAUUUUUGGGUUCCUUCGAAGUCGUCUCCAAGAUGACCACCAAGCGCGCGUACAAGCUCCAGGAGUUUGUAGCGCAUGCUUCCAAUGUGAAUUGUCUUAAGAUUGGGAGAAAAACUUCAAGGAUUCUCGUCACCGGCGGGGAGGACCAAAAGGUCAAUCUUUGGGCCAUUGGCAAGCCCAAUGCCUUAUUGAGCUUAUCAGGCCAUAUUAGUCCUGUUGAUUCAGUGAGUUUUGACUCUUCCGAAGUUCUUGUCGCAGCCGGAGCAGCGGGUGGCACGAUCAAAUUAUGGGAUUUGGAAGAGGCGAAGAUUGUUCGUACUCUCACGGGACAUCGUUCCAAUUGUAUAUCUAUUGAUUUCCAUCCUUUUGGGGAAUUCUUUGCUUCUGGGUCUUUGGAUACAAACCUAAAGAUAUGGGAUAUUCGAAGAAAGGGAUGCAUUCACACGUAUAAGGGUCAUACCCGAGGAGUCAAUGUACUUAGAUUCACCCCUGAUGGUCGAUGGGUUGUUUCCGGAGGGGAGGAUAACGCCGUGAAGAUAUGGGAUUUGACAGCGGGGAAGCUCUUGCAUGACUUCAAGUUUCAUGAGGGUCAGAUCCAAUGUAUAGAUUUCCACCCUCAUGAGUUCCUGUUGGCAACAGGUUCGGCUGAUAAGACUGUUAAAUUUUGGGACCUCGAGACUUUUGAAUUGAUUGGUUCAUCUGGACCCGAGACAAGUGGUGUUCGUUCUCUGACUUUCAACAGCGACGGGAGAACUCUAUUUUGUGGUUUACAUGAAAGCUUGAAGGUCCUCUCUUGGGAACCGAUAAGAUACCAUGAUGUGGUCGAUGUUGGAUGGUCUAGGUUAACAGACCUUAAUGUUCAUGAGGGGAAACUUCUUGGAUGCUCUUACAACCAAAGUUGUGUUGGAAUUUGGGUCGUGGACUUGUCGCGUAUUGAGCCGUAUGCAGUUAAAAAUGAUGAAUCAAAAUCUACUACCGGUAUGAAUGUACCCAUGCAAACGGACAACAGUAUAACAAUAAGUUCAGGAAGAUCAUCAGUAUCCAAAAUUUCGGCUAGCAGUAGUGCUUCUGGCACUCCCCUGAGAGUUGAUUUAAACUCUAGUUCAAAAAUGGUUCCAAGCACAACUGGUGCUACGUUAUUGAAGAAAAAUUCAUCAAAAAAUCCAGGCGCAACCAAUCCUCAGAUCACAAGCAAAUCAAAUGUUGUAUCUGCUAGUCCUCCUAGAAUUAGCUCAAGACUGGACGCUGCUGUUGAAUAUAGAAAAGAAACGACUGAUUUGCUACCUUCGGCUGUACCACAUAGUAGCUCAAGAGGAGAUCUUAUUGCCAAUUCUGUGAAAGAGGCUCGCAAGGUCGUACCUGUCAUUGUACCUAGAAUUAGCUCUGAUUCUUGUAAGGAAACUACCAAUGAGUUACCUGCCAACAUCCCAAGAGUCAGUUUAAGAGGGGAUCUGGCUGCCGAUCCUAGUAAGGAAAGUCGUGAUGUAAAAGCCAACCCAAGAGUGGAUUUUCCUAACAAUCCUAGAAAAGAAGGCAAUGUGAUUCCUGUUAUUGUACCCAGAAGUAGCUCAAGAAGGGAUCUGGCUUCUGAUUCUAGCAAUGAAACCAGUAGACCCAGCACAAGAUUGGAUCUUUCUGUUGACCCUGAAAAGGAAAUUAGUGAUAUUUCACCUACAGUUGCGAGGACUAGUUUAAGAAGAGAUCUUACUACCGAUUCUGGAAGGCCAAGUGGUUCUGGAAGAUCAUCACUACCAUAUGCAAUGCGGUCAAAGUUAGCUGGUUCUCAUAGAAUUUCAAGUAUCAGAGAUGAUUCAGAGAGAGAAAUUGCUGCCAUCAAUACUUGUUCUAUGGUGAAAGAUGAUGCUGGAUCUAGCGAAUUUCGAGACCUGUUCACUGUUUCUGUUGAUGAUAACAAAAAGCCGGUGCCUGCUACUGAGAGGAACUUGGAGGCUGUUAGAGUUAGUACCGCUGGGAUGUAUGGAGCAAACAGAUUGGUGAAUGCUAGUAAAAGUUACAACAUUGGAUAUCGAAGAACAAGGUCGCCUGCUGCUAGUUGGGAUAGGAAUGAAAAUGCUUCUAUGUAUGAAGGCCGAACGAGUAGCUAUGCCUCUGGAGCCACAUCUACUGAUGAGAUAAAUUUUUCGAGGGGCCGCACUUCAUCUGCUGGCAGAGAAACAGUAUCCGCUAGUGAUGAGGAUGCUAUUGCUGAUCUAGCAGAACAGCAUGGAGAGUUCUUGACAACAGGGCAGUCCCGGUUAACUAAAUUACAGGUAGUCCACCGGCUUUGGCAAAAGAAUGAUGUGAGGGGUGUCAUUAAUGCAAUGCAAAGAAUGUCAGAUAAUGCUGUCUCAGCUGACGUAGUUAGUGUUUUGAUGGAAAAGAGCGAUAUCAUAACACUUGAUCUUUGCACUUCUCUCCUACCACUCAUCACAGGCCUUCUCGAAAGCAGGUUUGACAGACAUCUAGGCAUUGCCUUGGAUAUGCUGCUUAAGCUUGUUAAAAGCUUUGGUCCUUUAAUCCACUCAGCUAUAUCUGCUGCUCCAUUGGUUGGUGUCGACCUUGAGGCAGAGCAAAGGUUGGAGAGGUGUAAUCUAUGCUUCAUUGAGCUGGAAAAAUUAAAAACUAGUCUCCUACCGAUCACACGUCGCGGAGGUUCUAUUGGGAAGUCUGCACAGGAGUUAAACCUUGCUCUUCAGGAUGUUUUCUCAGCGACCAACUAAACCCUAUUGCAUGAUUCUUUUGCUUAAUCCUACAACACAGCACUAGUUUUAAUACGGGUGCCAAUUCUAUUGCUUCUCUAAUUCGCACAAAUAUAUUAGUACAAUGGUUGCUUAUGGUUGCUUAAUAUGGGUGCCAAUUCUUUUGCUUCUCUAAUUCAAUCAUAGUUCCUGUACAAGCUAAUUUAAAUGACCAUCUCACUUCAAAGAGCCAGAGCCUGUGGUAUAUGAAGAGACAGUGAGCUGCACCGAAGAAACUAUUUGAAGGUAUGGCAAGUUAUAGCAUGCACAUAAAGGGUUCAAUUAACAUGCUGUUUGUAUUUUAUUUUAUUUUUUUUUUGUAUAUUUCAAAGGGGCAUAACGAAAAGAGCUUUUUCUUUUUCUUUUCUUCUUUUCUUGUACAUGAAUGAUGUUGGCAUACAUUCGUUUAAGUGUAAAAAUCUAUUCUUCCUGAUAGCAGUCAUGUCUUACUCUGUAUUGAUCAACCUCCUUGUUAUCUUCAUGCCAACAUAAUCACCAAGCUGUUGCUUGCUUCAAUUGUUCUGCAAUCUAAUGCACCUUGAUUAUGGUAUUCUUAUGAUUCCCA